AUGUCUGUCAACGACUACAGCACCGGAAAACACGUGGCCGGCAAGAUGCACAUUCACGACAACAAUGAGUUGAGUAAUCAACCGGCAUGUCUCAAGACGCAGUGCCCGGAUCGCAAACUACCGACACUUUGUGACGUGGACGAAGAAAACGAGACGGAAGACGAGGACGCGCGCUCCUCGGCAAGUGACAGCGACUCGGAAGACUUUGUGGACUUUGGCGCCAUUACGGCGCGACUGGGCGGCUCUGCCAACAGACACCGGCGCUCGGUCGUGUCGUCUUUUGUGCCAGCGCCUCCUGAACAGUGGAUGCCUCCUGUCCACGGCAAGAGCAAAGAAGACGCGGAAUCCAUUCGGUGCUCGAUCCGACGCAAUCUGCUGUUUGCAAACAUUCCACAAGAUACGUUGCAGGUGCUCGUGGACGCCAUGGAGUACGUUGCGGUGGACGCAGGUGUGGACAUUGUGGCCCAAGGGGACAAGGCUGGAGACGAGUUCUUCAUCGUGGCAAGUGGUGCCUGUGACGUGGUGGUGAAUCAUCGCGUCGUGGGGGAAGUGUGUGCGUCGUCGACGCGCAACUUCUUUGGUGAACUGGCACUACUGUACGACUCACCCAGAGCGGCGACAGUGCGUGCUAGGACGCUGGUCGAGUGCUGGACACUGGAUCGAAGGACGUUCAAGUGUGUGCUCAUGGCUACGACAAUGAAGCAACGUGCUCUUUACCUCGACUUUCUGGGCCAAGUGCCGAUCUUCUCGACUUUGUCGAGCUAUGAGAAGAUGACAGUGGCCGACGCUUUGCGCGAAGAGUUUGUCGAGUCAGGAGAUGUCAUUCUUACUGAAGGGUCCGCAGGGGACGAUUUCUAUAUCAUUGCACACGGCGAAGUCAAGUGCACACGUCGAGGUGAGGAAGUGCUGGCGAGGCUUGCAGCUGGUGACUUUUUUGGCGAGCUUGCGCUGAUCCACGAUGACGUGCGCCAGGCCACGGUCACUGCUGUGCACAAGACCAAGCUCCUCGUAUUGGACCGAGCCACGUUCAAACGCUUGUUGGGUCCUAUGCAAGAACACUUGCGCAAGCGUGCCGAUCUCUAUGAGCUGUACAUGAACGCACCGAGGUCUCACGCUGUGGCCCAGCCGAAAGCAAGCGUUGAAGUGGAUUCCGUGGGCGCUCGUGAGAGCUCACUUUGA